AUGUUAAUCACUCAGAAUGGGUACGGGUCUUUGUCUAAGACUUAUGAGGCAGCAACUGGAUUGACGCAUACCAUGAAACAACUUAAAAAUAGUUACAAUCAACUUAAGGCGGAGCGACGUGCAUGGUCGAAGCUAAUGGAUAGCCGCAACGGCCCCACUAGAAUUGGGUUUGACCAAGAGACAAGGUUGAUCAAUGCGUCGGAUGAAUGGUGGGCUAGAAUGGAGAAGGUUGAUAAAGAAAGUUGCAAGUUCAGAACAAAGCGGUUGGAUCAUGAGGAGUUGAUGCGUCGCGUAUUCACUGGGGCUGCGGUAACGGGUAAAAAUGCUUGGACGCCUGGCGAGACGCGAAACCAGUUGGAGGUGGAAGGGGAGUCCGACAGUGCUGACUUUUCUACAGACAGCAAUGAAUUGGGAGCAGCUAAAAUGCCUAACUUAAUGAAAUCCGCAACCAUUAACGCAUCAGGUAGUGGCAGCAAAAGGAGGCACUCAUCCGUCACAGUCGUGCAAAAAAAGCGAAUCACCGGGGCAGAAGCAUUGGCAACAAGCAUGGAUGAUUUGGUCAAUUCGGUGAAGACCCAAAGAAAGGAACUCACUGUAAACCAUGUUGUCGGUGGACAUAGUGUCACUAUGGCCGAAGCAAUUGGACGUCUUUAUGAAAUUCAAGGACUUGACCAAACUAAUCCACUGCUUCAUUUCGGAAUUUCGCUUAUGGAGGUGCCCAAUAAUGGGGAGAUGGUGAUGAGUAUUCCUUCGGAUGAAGGCACUAUCAGCUGGCUCCAGGUGAAGCAACAUGACAAAGAGAGAACGACAAAUGUUCUAACUCUUGCAAGCAUAUUGCGCAAUGACGGACUUCAUUUCUAA